UUCCAGAAACCAAUUAAUUUGUCGGAAGUUCCGGAUUAUUUAGACCAUAUUUCGAAACCCCUGGACAUCGAAACAGUUUCCGCAAACUUGGACAAUGGCGUCUACGCCACCGCCAAGGAUUUUUGGACAGAUGCCAAGCUCAUUUUCGAAAAUGCAAUUCUGUAUCACGGCGCGAAAGAAACCAAGUGGAUUGCAAAGUAUGCCAAGGAUCUCCUGAAGGCUUUAAAAAAGGAAAAGGAAGUCGCCGAA